UUGUACACGUUUUAGCAAAUGCGCACCGAUGUUUAAGUAACGCUGGAUAGAAUAUAGAAUAGAGAAUACGGAUAACUAACAAUACUUGUGCUCAAAAGUUCAACCUUUUUUAGUUUUCACUGGUAGAUUGCGAUCCGAUACGAGAUUCAGUCCACUCCAGCAUCUUCCGGUUGAAAUAUAAGCAUCCUACGCGGUGACUGACCCUUUGUAGUUGUCUAUACAAUCUUGUGUGUCUACGUACAACUGGAGCCAUGAGUUCCAAUCAAAUGAGACCUGUGUCUCAUGGUAACUACCAAGGACCAGGUGACUUACCAAUGGGUUCAGCUAAAGAGCAGACCCUAAUGUGGCAGCAAAAUUCAUACAUGGGUGACUCUGGUAUCCAUUCUGGAGCCGCUACACAGGCUCCAUCAUUGUCAGGAAAAGAUGACGAUGAAAUGGAAGGAGAUCAACUGAUGUUCGACUUGGAUCAAGGGUAUCCUCAGGGAUUUACUCAAGACCAAGUUGAUGAAAUGAAUUCACAACUGAGCCAUACACGUUCACAACGUGUACGCGCAGCGAUGUUCCCGGAGACAUUGGAAGAAGGUAUUGAAAUUCCAUCGACUCAAUUCGACCCGGCUCAGCCGACAGCAGUUCAGCGCUUAGCCGAGCCGAGUCAGAUGCUGAAGCACGCGGUUGUCAACUUGAUAAACUACCAAGACGACGCGGACUUGGCAACUCGAGCCAUUCCGGAACUGAUAAAGCUCCUUAACGAUGAAGAUCAAGUGAUCGUAUCUCACGCAGCCAUGAUGGUCCAUCAGCUAUCAAAGAAGGAGGCUGCUCGGCACGCCAUCAUGAACAGCUCUCAGAUGGUCGCGGCUUUGGUUCGCGCUAUCUCCAACAGCGACGACCUGGAGUCGACAAAAGCUGCCGUGGGUACUCUACACAAUUUGUCUCACCACAGACAGGGUCUGCUGGCUAUCUUUAAGAGCGGUGGAAUCCCAGCUCUCGUUAAGCUGCUCAGCUCUGGUGUCGAGUCUGUUCUAUUCUACGCCAUUACAACUCUCCACAACCUUCUGCUCCACCAGGACGGCUCCAAAAUGGCAGUACGUCUGGCUGGUGGACUCCAAAAAAUGGUCGCGUUACUUCAGCGUAAUAACGUCAAAUUUCUGGCAAUCGUCACCGACUGUCUCCAAAUUCUUGCUUACGGUAACCAGGAAAGUAAACUUAUUAUUCUCGCUUCACAAGGGCCAAUUGAGCUUGUACGUAUUAUGCGCACUUACGACUACGAGAAGCUGUUGUGGACUACUUCACGUGUUUUAAAAGUAUUAUCAGUAUGUGCGAGCAACAAACCAGCGAUCGUUGAAGCUGGUGGUAUGCAAGCACUCGCAAUGCACUUGGGUAACCCAAGCCAAAGACUUGUUCAAAACUGUCUCUGGACUCUGCGGAAUCUUUCGGACGCUGGUACUAAAGUUGAUGGCUUGGAAGGACUGCUCCAGAGUCUCGUACAAGUUCUCGCAUCCACCGACGUCAAUGUUGUCACCUGCGCUGCUGGAAUUCUUUCAAAUCUCACAUGUAACAAUCAGCGUAAUAAGAUCACAGUAUGUCAAGUCGGAGGUGUUGAAGCUCUGAUUCGCACAAUCGUAAAUGCUGGGGAUCGUGAGGAAAUAACAGAACCGGCGGUCUGUGCUUUGCGUCACUUGACAUCACGACACGUAGAGGCUGAAAUGGCACAGAAUUCCGUGCGCGUAAAUUACGGUAUACAGGUGAUAGUUAAAUUACUUCACCCUCCGUCACGCUGGCCCUUGGUUAAGGCUGUUAUUGGUUUGAUUCGCAAUCUGACUCUCUGUCAAGCUAAUCACGUGCCUUUACGUGAACACGGUGCUAUUCAUCAUCUCGUCAGGCAUCUAAUGCGAGCAUUCCAAGACACUGAACGACAACGAGCAUCUGUCACUGGCAUGGGAAGCCAGCAAGUUUAUGCAGAUGGAGUACGUAUGGAGGAAAUUGUCGAAGGAAUUGUCGGUACGCUCCACAUUCUCGCGCGAGAAUCUCACAAUAGAGCAAUCAUACGAUCUCAAAAUGUCAUUCCUAUCUUCGUACAGUUACUGUUUAAUGAGAUUGAAAAUAUUCAACGAGUCGCUGCGGGUGUGCUUUGUGAGCUGGCAGCCGACAAAGAGGGUGCCGAGAUGAUAGAACAAGAGGGUGCCACGGCACCGCUGACAGAAUUACUGCACUCGAGAAACGAGGCUGUCGCAACUUACGCUGCCGCUGUUUUAUUCCGUAUGAGCGAGGACAAACCCCAAGACUAUAAAAAACGUAUAUCAAUGGAGCUGACAAAUUCACUACGUGAAGAUACGAAUAUGUGGAAUAAUCCAGAUUUCGGAAUUAUGGGCCCAGAUUUACAGGACAUGCUCGGUACUGAACCAGGCUAUGAUGGUAUGUAUGGACAGGGACCCCCUAGUGUUCACAGCAGUCACGGCGGACGUGCUUAUCAGCCUCAAGCAAGUUAUGACCAGAUUCCAAUAGACUCAAUGCAAGGAUUGGAAAUAGGGGGAUCAACUUACGGCGCAAUGGACGCGAUGGACGUCGGACAUGACCCGGAUCUGAGUUUUGACCACAUUGACGAACUUCCAGCGCCUCCACAAGACAACAAUCAAGUAGCCGCUUGGUACGAUACCGAUCUCUAAGCCCGACAUAAUUUAUUGAAUCUAUAAUUAAUAACGUAAACAUUAAUACAAUAACACGUAAAAGUAAAAAUAAAAAAUAAAAAAAAAAAAAAGUAAACAAUUACUUAAAUGAUAAUGAUGAUGAUAAAAUAGCUGCCGGGUCCAGUGUGAGGCAAUGAAUAUUAUUUUCAUUUUCCUUUUUAUAUUUUUUAGCGAUUAUUUUACUUUUAUUUUUUUUACAUAAUUAUUUUUUAUGUAAUCUUAUCAUGAAUAACGUAAAUUCAUUUACUCGAUAUUCUUUUUUAUAUAUUAUUACUUACUAUAGUUAAGGAUGACUGGAAACAAAAACUAUUGUAUAACUUAUCAACGCAAUCAAUUGUUAAUUUUGUCUAUAAUAAUAUAUACACUUAAAUCUACGCAUAGUAAAUAAGGAACAAUUAAAAAAAAAAAAAAAAAUUGAAAGAACAAACGGGUCCGUUAAAUUACCGAGCGACUCGAGGUACUAUUAAUCUGAACAAACUAUUUAUACAAUUGUCAGAAUAUUAGCGUACUGUUGGAUUAUUUACAUAAAAUACUAAUAUUAAACCUAAAAGUACUGCAAUGAAUUUUAGAAAUUAUGAUAUAUAUAAAUAUAAAUUUUAAAAAUAAUGCAUUUUACAGGGUAGUAAGAUUUUAAAGGCGAAGAUGAACAAAAAAGUUGAUAAAUAAAUUGAUUAAAAUUAAAUAAAUACAUUUAUAUCUAUAUUACGAUUAUGAUUAUGAUCAUAAUUAUUAUUAUUACUAUUAUUAUUAUUUGAUUUAUUAAUGUAGAACAAAAAUGCACUGGUUUGUAAUAACUCGUGUGCCAUCAAAUGUAUUGACUUUAAAGUGAAAAAAAGCAACAUGUAAUUCGUAA